ACGUGCACAUCUCUAGUAAUGGACCUUUUGACACUUCAUUUCAAACUAUUGUAGACAACACUUGCACCGGCGUUUUGUUUUUGUUUUAUUUCCUCAAUCAUUUGCGACUAUGAACGAUUUCAAAUCGUCGUCCUCAUCACGCCAUGGCGGAUCAUCUUCAUCAGCAGCACAGAGUUCCUUGCUGGUCUCGAAACCAGCCAACUUACAAUGUAAAGAUUUCCAAGAAUACCUACGAACCAGGAAUCCAGAGACACUGGAAAAGCUCUAUAAUUAUCCCACAAUUUGUUUAGCAGUAUACAGGGAAAUGCCAGAAAUUGCAAGGCAAUUUGUAAUACGCAUAUUAUUUGUGGAACAGCCCGUACCACAGGCUGUGGUGGCUUCUUGGGGUUCUCAGUAUUAUGCCAAAGAGCAAGCUGUUUCCACUAGUAUUUUGACGGAACUCAAUGUUUGGCGCACCACUGCCAUACCAGGAGGUUUAUCAGCAUGGGAAUUAUGCCCCACUUUUAAAAAGAACUUAAAAAUUGCUCUUUUGGGUGGUGGCAAGCCAUGGUCCAUGUCUCAUACGUUAGAAAAAGAUUCCAAGCCUCGAGAUAUUGCCUUCUUGGAUCAAUAUGCCAUGUCUAGAUGGCGUUGUGUAUUGCACUAUAUGGUUGGAACUGGCGGAGCCAAUAAAGCCCAAGGUAGUGAAGUUAUAAGUCCCGAUGCGGUGAGAAUUCUUUUACAUGCCAAUUUAAUGAAGCGAGAUGAAACUGGCAUCACCAUAACACGCCAAGGUUUUCAAUUUCUGCUGCUGGACACCCAGUCUCAGGUGUGGCAUUUUAUGCUCAUGUAUUUGGACACCUGUGAGGAGAGAGGACUAUCACUGCCCGAAUGUUUGAGCAUGUUGUUCCAAUUGAGUUUUUCCACAUUGGGCAGAGACUACAGUUCGGAAGGAAUGAAUGCUAAAAUGUUGGCAUUUCUUCAACAUUUGCGAGAAUUUGGUUUGGUAUUUCAACGAAAACGCAAGGAGGGUAGGUUUUAUCCCACCCGUCUGGCACUUAAUGUUACAAACAAGGCGGCCACUGUACCUGCCGUAAUAUUAGAGGAUGAAAAAUCACAAGAAAGUGGUUACAUAGUUGUAGAAACCAAUUAUCGUGUGUAUGCUUAUACCGACUCACCUUUGCAAGUGGCUGUACUGGGUCUAUUUACCGAAUUACUAUAUCGAUUUCCCAAUCUGGUGGUAGGAGUUCUUACCAGAGAUUCAGUGCGCCAGGCUUUAAGAGGUGGCAUUACAGCGGAUCAAAUAAUUAGCUAUUUGGAGCAAUAUUCCCAUCCAAAUAUGAAAUUAACCGAAUCAGCUAUAAAAUCGAAAUCUCCAUUGCCGCCCACAGUGGUGGAUCAAAUCAAACUAUGGGAAAUGGAACGUAAUCGUUUCACCUACACCGAGGGCGUGGUGUACAAUCAAUUUUUAUCGCAGGCUGAUUUUGUUACCUUGAGGGACUAUGCCCAAUCCAUAAGUGUGCUGGUGUGGCAAAAUGAACGCACACGAACAAUGGUGGUCACCAAGAACGGGCAUGACGAUGUGAAGAAAUACUGGAAACGUUAUUCAAAGAGUGGCAGUUAAACUUCGUGAGAGUUCUUUAUAUUUUAAUUUUUUAAGGUAGAAGUUAAAAUAAAACCAGAGAGAAAACUA